AUGUUUUGUAUAUCCGAUAUUCAUAAUUCAAAUAACUGCGUUAAACGGAUCGAAGAAUCUAUCUUAAAGAAGCAUAUAAAACAUUAUGAAUUUAAACAUUUUUAUAAUGUUGAAAAGAUUGGAAAUGGGAAUUCUGGAGUAAUUUAUCGUGCAAAAUGGAAAAAUUCCGAACAAUAUAUGAUAUUAAAAUCUUUCUAUAACUUUGACAAUGAUGCUACUGUAAAGGAAAUUAUACAAAAUCAAGAUGGUCAGGUGAAAUAUUUAUUGGUAAUGGAGUAUGCUGAUGGUGAUACACUCCAAAACUAUUUGAAAGAAAGUUAUAAGAAACUUACUUGGGAAGAUAAAUAUGAAUUAGCAUUUCAAUUAGUGUCUGCUAUAUCAUGUUUACAUAAUAAAGGAAUCGUACAUCAGAAUUUGCACUCUAAUAACAUACUAGUUCAUCAAAAUACCAUCAAGCUGGCUGACUUUGGGUUAUCAAAAAGAAUUAGAGAUGCAACCAAACAAGAAUCAUAUUUAUCUGGUAUUGUUCCUUAUAUUGAUCCAAAAAAGUUUAUAAUACAAACAUACUCAUUAAAUGAAAAGAGUGAUGUUUAUAGUAUUGGAGUACUUUUAUGGGAGAUAUCAAGUGGACAACCACCAUUUAAAAGUAUUCUUAAUACUUAUUUAGAUACGCAUAUUUUACAAGGGUAUAGAGAAACACCUAUUCCAGGUACACCUACCGAUUAUUCUAAUAUUUAUACUGAAUGUUGGGAUGGUGAACCAAUUAAUAGACCAUCUAUUAAUGAAAUAAUCACCAAAUUGAAACAACUUAAUAAUAAUAAUUUAUUACAUGAAGAAUUAUCCCAUAUUAUUCGAAAUUUUGAUAAAAAUUAUACAAAAGAAAUAGAACCUUCAAUUCAAAAUAUAAAUGAAACAAU